GCCCUUAAUUAAACUUCUCACAGACUAACGAGACGAUUGGAAGAUUGCUUCACUGAACCCUUUGCAAUUUCUUUCUCCUCCAAAGCCUCAACUCUGUAUCUUCUUGAACAGAAAUUCAUAAAUGCAGUUCAAAAUUUUUGAGUAAUUAGAAAAAAGGGGUAAGGGAAAGGAUGAGUAUAGUUCCAAAGGAGACGAUUGAAGUCACUGCGCAAAGCAUUGGGAUAAACAACUUGUCCCCAGAUGCUGCCCUUGCUCUUGCUCCUGAUGUCGAAUACCGCUUGCGCGAAAUCAUGCAGGAAGCUAUCAAAUGCAUGCGCCAUUCCAAGAGAAAUUUGUUGACAACGGAAGAUGUUGAUAGUGCACUCAGAUUACGGAAUGUUGAGCCAAUUUAUGGCUUUGCCUCUGGGGAUCCUUUGCGGUUCAGAAGAGCACUUGGACACAGGGACUUGUUUUAUGUUGAUGACAAAGAUGUGGAUUUUAAAGAUGUAAUUGAAGCUCCUUUACCAAAAGCACCCUUGGAUUGUUCUGUAGUUUGUCACUGGCUCGCUAUUGAAGGUGUACAACCUGCUAUUCCAGAAAAUGCUCCAGUAGAAGUUAUUAGAGCUCCUUCUGAAACAAAACUGCCAGAGCAAAAAGAAGAUGGACUUCCUGUUGACAUAAGGUUACCCGUUAAACAUGUCCUGUCUAGGGAGCUCCAGUUAUAUUUUGAUAAAAUCACUGAGCUUGUGGUUAGUAGGUCUGACUCGGUCCUUUUCAAGGAAGCUUUAGCAAGUUUGGCAACAGACUCUGGGCUUCAUCCUUUGGUUCCUUAUUUCACAUGCUUCAUUGCAGAUGAGGUUUCUCAUGGUUUGAGCAACUUCCCUCUACUCUUUGCUUUGAUGCGUCUUGUUUGGAGCCUACUUCAAAAUCCUCAUAUACAUAUAGAACCUUAUCUACACCAAUUGAUGCCAUCAGUUGUCACCUGUCUUGUUGCCAAGAGGCUGGGGAAUCGACUUGCAGAUAACCACUGGGAACUUAGAGAUUUUACUGCGACUGUAGUAGCCUCCAUAUGCAAACGGUUUUCCCAUGUCUACAACAAUCUUCAGACACGAUUAACCAAGACUUUGCUCCAUGCAUUUUUGGAUCCUAAACGAGCAAUAACUCAACAUUAUGGUGCUAUUCAAGGAUUAGCUGCACUUGGACCCAAUGUGGUAUUCCUUUUUCUCAUUUUCAUGCACAAACACAUUCCUUUCGUAGUUCUCUUCUUAUACCCAUCUUGCUACUAGCCCCAUCUUUACUUCUUUUUCAGUAAUUUCAUUCCUCUGUGCUAUGAACUUUCAUGAUACAUCGGAGAAAUUGGCUAAUUUAUGACAUUGAAGUAUUAUGGAGAAGGAUAGAUACAAAGCCUUUAAUGGAAGAAGUCUCUUUUCUUUAAACCCCAGCCAAAACUUUUGGCUUUAAUGCUAAACUAAACUUAGAGAAAUUCUAUUGCUUAUAAAGGUCUACUAUUUAGUUUU